CUAAUGAAGCUACUUAUCGCAAUUUAGACGGCCAGCAAGUACACCUGAGGCCGUUGUGCACGGAUUGCGAGCUUCUGCGCGCGUGCAGGAGUGCAAACGCGAUGUUAAUAUAUCAUGUGUCAUCCUGGGUUGUAGCAGGACUGCAUUUGCAUGGCGUGCACCCCUUGCAGGAAGUGCUUCCGGAGCCUGCUGCUGGCCUCGACCCUAUGCAGCCUUGGCAAGUGUAUCCUAAGAGACCAUUCGAUCAGCUGCCUCGACCACAAACGCUGGACCGAACCGCCUCCGCCAUCGGGUGCAUCGUAUUUUGCCCCAUGCGGCGCAAAGCAAUAUAGGCUCGACCAGAACAUUGCCCUGUCCUCAUAGCCUGCCGCCCGAACCAUAUCUUUCAGGGCAGUGCGGAUGAAGCUGUGAAUAAGAGCAGCGCAGUAUCAGGCUCCGAAGCGGGCAUUAGUCCCUGAAUCAUGGCCGAGGUCGACUCUCCGCCCGGGAGCCGCCUGUUCAUCGUCUGUGGCAAGAAUGUCGAGGCUGAGACGCUGCAGGUUGCUUUCCGCCCUUUCGGCAAUGUCCAGAACGUGAAGGUCAUCCGCGAGAAGGGAGUUGCGUAUGUGAAGUAUGACAAGGCUUCCUCUGCUGCCCUGGCGAUGGAGAACCUUAACGGGGCUGUGCUGAACAACGGCCGGGGCCCGAAGCUCAAGGUGCUGCUGGCGGAGGCCCCGAACACCUCGCGGGGCAUGCACCCUCCGAGGCCCGCCGAGCAGGAGAUUAGCUCGGACCCGGACAACAUUCCGCCGCGUUCGCGUCUGUUCAUCGUUGUGCCCAAGCAGGCCGAGCCGCAGCAGAUCAACGACGCUAUCGCCAUCUAUGAUGGCCUGGAGUACUGCAAGACGGACCUGGUCGCGGCCAAGGGUGUCGUCUUCUGCAAGUUCACCAAGGCGUCGUUCGCGCUGCGCGCACUGGAGGAUGUAACCGGGCGUGGCACGGUUGGCCCCUACAAGGUCAAGUGCAUGCUGGCGGAGCCGAAGACCAAGCGCGGCCGCGGCGACGGCUCGCCCCAGGAUAUGUUUUCGCCGCUGACCCAGGCGACAAAGCUGGACUACGGCAUCAACCACCACCUGCCCCCGGACGCCUCGCACAUGGGGCCUCUGGAUCUGCCGAUGGGCCACGCCGGAGCCUGCGUUGAGAGGCAGCAGCAGGAAGGGCGGGAAAUGCCGGGCGCCAGCUACCGGCUGGUCCAGGAGCUGUUGGUGCGCCUCAGCUGCAGCGCCGAGCCCACACUGGAGCCGCUGCGGGCCUCAGCCAUCGGCCUCUACGCCACCGCCGCAUCCGCCUCCGCCCCGGCCUCCGCCGCUGCCACAGCGGUCCGCGGGGAGGGCGCCGCUGCGCAGCCGCCGGCGGCGCCGGCCGCCGCCGGCGCGGCGUUGGGCGGUGUGCCGCGGGCGGUGCCGGACUUGGGGCCUCUGGGUGAGUUCCUGCUGGGGCGCUGGCGCGAGGAGGAGGCGCACGAGGUGGCGCUGCUGGCGCGGAGCCAGACCGCAGGGGCGGCGGCCGCGGCGGGGCUGGGCAUGGGCGCGCCGUCUGGGACUGGCGGCAGCGUACGGCGGUGACAGUGGCAGCGGCAGCGGUCGUGAUGACGAUGGUGCAGGAGCUCUGUAGCGGCUUUGGACUACUAGCCUGCGCCUGCGGGAGCUGCGGCGGGAAGACGAGCAGGGCCGGCGGGUUGUGUGGAGCGAAGGGGCGCGCGUGCAGGUCUGAAUGUGAAUUUUGUAUGCGGGAUGAGGACCGAAACGGCGACCCCGGCACGGCUGUGUGGUGCAGCAGCCGUAGGCGUGGAAGCGGGGGCGUGAGUGCAGAGGCCAUCCGCGGCGGAGCCAUGCCUUCUUUAUUGAUUACAUAUGAUCACACCCAGGCAGUGGGCCGGCAGCAGUGUGUGCAAGGUGGGCCCAUUGCGUCCCCAUUGCCGCUCUGCGCCGGCCUCAAACACAAACGGAGAUGAUGCGUUGUUCCGGCGCUGGCGCUGUGCUGCGGCGCUGGCAUGGCGUCGCUGUGCAGCUCGCGCGCGGAGGUGCUGGCAGCUGCAGUAGUGGUCUGAAUUACAUUGUAUGCGGCGAUGGCGGAGUGCAGGCAAGGCCGCCCUUCAAGGACUUGCGCGAUUCGCGGUGGCAGUGCUCGGUGGCCGGGUAUUAAGAAGGAUGGGCCGCGCGGGCUACAUAGUUGGGUCAACAGCGGCAGACGAGAUGGCUGGGCCUAGCCGGCCUGACGGUGACUUGCUGACUUGGUGCGGGUGAGGCCGAGGCCGCCGCGGUUGGUGGACGUAAUGGCUCAGUCGGGGCAGGAGCCGCCGCAGGGCACGCAGCUGGGACUAGGGCGGCGGCGGCAGCCGUAGUGUGAAUGGACGUGACCGUGUGUCAGGGACUGAUCUUUAGUGUGUUGCAACGGAGCGCGUCUGAGCUGAGAUUUAGGAGACGGCAUAAGCAUUUAGAGAUCACUGGCUUUGCCUUCACGCUUUUUUGCGCGCUUAAUAGUCGCGAAUUAGCUGCAUGGUGGCCUAGCGGCAUGAAGGUACACUUUGUAAGAUGGCCUGCGUAUCGAUAGUGCAGGGCUCGGCAAUUUUAGCUGCAUCCUGACGCUUCGUGUGUGUGCACUACAUGUGCCCUGCGCUGGUAGCGGACGUGGUGAGAGCAGGCGGCAGCCGGCAGGGGGCUCCUUUUUUGUGCAGCAGUCCGUUGCGGGUCACGCGUGGCGAGUGGCGUACGCGGUCGCCCGACGUAUUCUGCACACCUUCCAUUGCUGGUCGCUCGGCAGGCGGGUGACUGGGACCGCAGCCUUAGGGACAUUCAUAUGGCGCCGGGACUCUUGCGCAUGAUCUCCGUCGCAUGGGCGGUGCAGGCGCCGGUCAGGUGGCUCGUCCAACAUACGUGGAGAGUGACAUUCUACGUUGUUCACAUAACCUGCUGAUAUCAGGUCAGGGUGGCUAGCGUGUGGUUGUGGUGGUGCUGGUGUGUGGCAUGACACGCAGUGCUGGCUGUAGGGAUAUAGGGCGCACGUUAGGGGCACGGCGAACCUGCAUGCGUUGCCGCAACUGCAUUAGGCGCUGUCGCCAAUGCCCAACAUGUAUCGUAUGUAGCAUUUGUGAGUCCUGACCGCCAGCUUGGACCCAAUUCUGCAAUUGGCCCAUCGCGGGGCCCUUCAGAA